AAUCUAAUAAACUUCGCACCCUUACUGGAAGCUGGUUCAUGGUUAGAGCAACCUUGGAUUUGAGAGAGAAAAAUGUCAUCAGAUUCGCAUUGCAAUGCUUAUUGGACCCGAGUGGUAAUGAAUCAAAAUGA